AGUUUUCCCGUGCGAAUCCGCGAACAACAAGUGCAAAUUUCCCCACCAUUUGCGGAAGACAUCAAAUCCAAAUAGCCAUCCCACGGGACGCUCCGCAAGUGGUUGCUAGUGUGAAUCCCCCAGAGAAGGCCCUUUUUCUCCCCCAUCGCAUAAGCGCUCCACACUUAGGGAUUUUAAGUGGCAGAAUAUAUAAAAUAAGCUUUUAGCAUGACAUGAUUUCCCCAUAUCGUGUGCUGUGCAACGAAAGAUGAGAUUCACAUCGGAAGAUGAUCCAAAGUGUCCAAAAUGUGCAAAGGCCGUGUUCAUGGCCGAGGCUCGAGGCGCUGGGAAGUACAAAUGGCACAAGAAUUGCUUCUUCUGUCAGGUUUGCCACAAAACACUGGACUCGCUGAAUUGCUGCGAGCACGACAAGGAGUUGUACUGCAGAGUGUGUCACGCUCGUCGAUAUGGCAUGAAAGGUUAUGGAUUUGCGGGCCUUGCAGCUGAAACUCUCGACUCAAUUUACUUGGAUGCACUUGUCGAUGAAACUCCAUCGAAGCCCACCACACCCAAGAUCCUGCGAAAGGCGAAGGAGGGUGAAGGAUGUCCUCGGUGUGGGAUUCAUGUGUAUGCGGCUGAACAAAUGCUGGCCCGCGGCAAAGGCUACCACAGGCGAUGCUUCAAGUGCCUGAAUUGCAACAGAACUCUGGAUUCAACAACUCACUGCGAUGGACCCGAUAAGGAGAUUUACUGUCGAGGUUGCUAUGCACAGAAGUUUGGUGCACGUGGAUAUGGGCACAUUGGCGUGUCCUCGCUGGGACUCAUGUCUGAUAUUAAAGAUAAAGAUUGGCAGAGUGAACUCGCGCCUAAAACCGCUGAAGUGGACCCAUCGAAGAUCCAAGCGAAGGACGGAUCCGGUUGUCCGCGAUGUGGCGGAGUCGUCUUCGCGGCAGAACUUGUGAUUUCAAAGGGCCGCGGUUGGCACCGGAAGUGCUAUAAGUGCAACGACUGCACUAAGACCCUGGAUUCCAUAAUCGCUUGCGAUGGACCGGAUCGCGAUGUGUACUGCAAGACUUGCUAUGGCAAGCGGUGGGGACCGCACGGGUACGGAUUCGCCAACGGCUACGGUUUCCUGCAGACAGACAUCUCAGAGGAGGACCUCGCGUCUAGCAGACCCUUCGCCAACAUCGACACGACGAUCAUCAAGGCACCGCAGGGAGAGGGUUGUCCCAGAUGCGGUGGGAUGGUAUUUGCGGCUGAGCAGCAGCUGGCCAGAGGCACAAUGUGGCACAAGAAGUGCUACAACUGCUUUGAAUGUCAUCGGCCACUGGACUCAAUGCUGUCCUGCGAUGGACCCGACAAGGAGAUUCACUGCCGAGCGUGCUACGGAAAGUUGUUUGGACCAAAAGGUUUUGGUUACGGACACACACCAACCUUGGUUUCAACAACAGGAGAGGCGCCAGUCAUUGCACCGGACGCUGUGCCCAAGACAGGGCCUAAGAAGGUGGAGAAUGGUAACGGAUGCCCGAGAUGUGGUUACCCCGUGUAUGCAGCCGAGCUGAUGAUCAGCAAAAACCGCGUAUGGCACAAGAGAUGCUUCUCUUGCAUAGAUUGCGGCAAGCACUUGGACUCCAUGAAUCUGAAUGAUGGGCCCAACCUGGAGAUCUACUGCCGUGGCUGCUACAACCGCAACUACGGCAUCAAGGGCUUCGGCUUCGGCAUGGGCGCCGGAACUCUAACAGCCAUGGUGUAGCAGACAAGACAAACUUUUGCCCCGCAGAGUGGUCAUUUGCUCCCCACGCAGGAAGAGGAAAUGAGAAAGGCCAAUAACAAUGAUUAAAUGAAGUCAUUUACAUUGAAUUGAAUUACAGUUGAAUAAUCGCAUUAAGAAGUGGCAUAGAGAGUGAGAAAAACACACUAAGAAAUAAGAAAGUCUAGAAAGUUGUAAAGGAGAGAGAAAUUUAUGUUCUUUUGCUCUUUCAGCCCUCUUGCUCAUCUUCCCACCCAAAACACCCAGUGUUCCAUCUUCAGCAAAUAAAAGUUUAUCCUUCAAGUGCACAAGCUUUUCAUUUUCUACGCUCGGACAAAUUUUCACCAACCCCUCAAAUGUCUGGAGAAACGCAUAAGGACUACCUCUCUCUCGCUCUAACUGUUUUCGCUGUGAUGGAAACAAAAAUACUAACGCUGUGCUUGGGAAGAGUAUCUCAAGGAUUCUGAAUGAGUCAUAGUUUUUAAGUAUUACAUGCACAUUUCUCUCCAGAGCUCUUUUUCACGAGGAUUUCCAACUCAUGGACACGGAAGAUGAUGGGUGAAUGGCUCAAGAGGACAAGAGAAGCGACUGCAAAUGGAUUCACCUCGGAUAAAAUGUGAUUUUAGCUGGGAGAAGAAGUUGCUUUAUGGAAAAUAAAAUGGCUCUUAUCACAUACUUUAGGGAAUUUUUGUAAGAUAUCCAAACAAACUUUAA